CAGAACUCCUGGGGUCUACUCCCAGCUCUUCUAUUGAGUCCCUCUGAGACCCAGAGUAGACCAGAACGCUCUUCCCCCAUUGGGCCGGGGGUUUGCAAAGGGUUAAUUCACACCCCUAAAGGGUUGGGCCACCUGGUGUGGACAGUGGCCCAGGAUUGCCCCCCCCCCCCACACACACACCCCCCGUAGCUGAGACCCCUGCAGCUUCCCACAGGCUGCGUGAGGGGCGGGGGUAUAAGCGUUGCCCGGCAGGGUGAUCUCCGGGCCGAGGCUAGUUUCCAGUAAACAACAAACGCGGGGGGUGUCCGGUGUCGGGAGCGCUGGCGAGUGACCGCGUGGGGCGGAUAUAGCCCCUGACGACACGGCUCGGAAAUAGACACAGGGAGGCUAUAUAAACCCUGGCCUGGGCAGCCAAGUACCAGGGCUUGGAUACAUACAGCCGGGCUCACGCACACGCAGCCGGGCUCACACACACACACACAGCCGGGCUCACGCACACGCAACCGGGCUCUAACGCACACAGUUGGUCUCACACACACACACAGCAAGGCUCACCGCCCCCCCUCAAGCAAGGCGUCCCACAGGGUGAGGAUGUUCGGCAAGAGCGUAGUGCUGCGCAGCGCGGGGGUGCUGUCGGCGGCCGAGCUGGGCUGCCUGGUGAAGGAGGAGGACGUGGUGCGGCACGAAUCCUUCACGGCCGAAUGGAGGGACCUGUCGCUCUCCACCAGGCCCGAGGAGGGCUGCCCCCUGCGGGGGGUGGACGAUUGGCGCAAGGAGACGUACUGGCAGCAGCAGGAGACGCGCUUCGUGGUGCAGCGAUCCCCCUGGCUCAUCAUGCGGCUGGGCCGGCUGGGCGAGCCCCUGGCCCGCUACCACCUGCCCUACCAGCGGGCGCUGCCCCUGCCCCUCUUCGUGCCAGCCGACCUGAGCGCCAAGGCCGAGCGGGGAGCCACCCCGCCCCAGCUGCGCCACAUGAUGGACUUCGAGACGGCGCUGGCCGGGGGCGCCCCGCCCAACGGGCAGUGCCGGGACAAGAAGGCCGUGGCGGAGAUCACCAAGGAGCUGCCCCCCGUCAUCCAGCCCAGCCGGCCCGACUUCGGCAAGGGUGACUUCCAUCGCUCCCUGUCCCGCUCCCUGUCCCAGGAGGCGCAGCGGGGCUGAGGGGCCGGGGCACGGACCUGCCCGUAGGGCUCUGCGUUCCCAGCUCACGGCUCCCCCUGCAUGAGAAAUACCCACGGUGAGCCGGGCAACGCGGGGUUACUGUAGAGGCCCAUCCCAGGGCCAAAGCCAUCCCGGGCGUAAGCUCAGCGAGGUUACGCCGUGGCUGCAUGUGGCUUUUCGAGUUAGACUGUGAGCUCUGUGGGGCAGGGACCAUGGGUUCGUACAGCACCGUGCAUGCUGAUGGUGCUGCAAUCGGAACGCUGUCUCUUUAAGAACGGUCUUCCCGGCUGAGCUGUCAAUCAGCUGUCAGCAAGGCUGUCACAGCAGCUGAUGCUCUUUGGGUCUAACAGCACAGCAGGGGGGAGGGGAGUGUGGGCUAGUGGUUAGAGCAGUCAGG